AUGAAACUUGGAAAAUUAAAAAUUAGAAGAAAGAAGGCUAGACCAUCAUAUCCAAUUAUAGAGAUUAGACCAAAUAAAACCACAGAAAAUGAUGUAAAUAAAAGCAAAGGAUAUAAAUCAAAUGAUAUUUCAACAACAAAAUAUACAAGAUAUAAUUUUAUAUUUAAGAAUUUAUUUGAACAAUUUAAAAGGAUUACAAAUAUUUAUUUCGCGGCUAUUUGUGUGAUUACAUUGAUCCCACAAGUUUCACCCUUGUCACCAGUUACUUCGUUACUUCCAUUAAUAUUCGUAUUGGUUGUGACAGCGUUAAAGGAAGCAUUUGAGGAUUAUCGUAGAUAUAAAGCUGAUAAAGCAUCCAAUUAUACCCAAUACCAAGUCUAUAGAGAUGGUUCAUUCAGGUUAAUUAAAAGUAAACAUAUUUGUGUUGGUGAUUUCAUUAGAAUUGAUAACGAUCAAGCAUUUCCAUCAGAUAUUUUAGUAUUAUCAUCAAAUCUUGAAGAUGGCAUUUGUUAUGUUGAAACUAGUCAAUUGGAUGGUGAAACUAAUCUUAAACUUUUUAAAGCCGCUAAAGAAACAAAUUCACUCACUCAAGAACAACUUUUAGAUUUAAAUGCAAAUAUUGAAUGUGAAUUACCAAAUAAUAAUUUAUAUAAAUUUAAAGGUAAAUUCACUCUUCAAAAUGAUAAUUCAACCUUUUCAUUAUCAGAAAAACAAUUAAUGUUAAGAGUGAGUGGUGCAAGAUUAAGAAAUACACAUUUUAUAAUUGGUAUUGUACUUUAUUGUGGUAAAGAUACAAAAUUAAGUUUAAAUCAAAAGAAUCCACCAAGUAAAUUUUCAACAAUUGAAACUAGAUUAGGUAGAUCGGUAAUUGGUAUUUUUUGUUUUAAAGUUGUUUUAGUAAUUAUUGCAACUGUUUUAUCAUCAUUAUUUGAAUUUAAUACUGCAAGAGAUUCUUGGUAUCUUCGAUCUGAUUUUGAUUCUUUAGGUUUUACAAUUGUUAAAAAUUUCGUUUCAUAUUUUGCAAUUUUAUCAUUUUUAAUUCCAAUGUCGUUAAUGGUAACUUUAGAAGUUGUAAAAGUUUCACAAGCAAAAUAUAUGGAAUGGGAUGUUAAAAUGAGUUAUAAAGAAAAUAAAAAAUAUGAAAAACAAAUUGAACAACCACAAGAAGAAUUAAAAAUUAAAAAUGAAGAUAAAACAACAACUACAACUAUAUCACCAAAUGGUGAUAUUGAAUUAUCAAAUAUUGUGGCAAAAAAAGAGAAAUCAAAGAUUUUAAAUAAAUAUAUGUCUGUAAAAAAUUCAAAUUUAAAUGAUGAGUUAGCAUUAAUUAAAUAUAUAUUUUCAGAUAAAACAGGUACAUUAACAGAGAAUAGAAUGUUAUUUUCAAAAUGUUCAAUUAAUGGUACUUGCUUUGAUGGCGCAAUGAAUCAACAACUAUUGGAUGAAGUUACAUCAAAAACUAAAAAUGAAGAAUCAAUUAGAGAAUUCCUUUUGAAUAUGUCACUUUGUCAUGCUGCAGUUUCAGAUGUUAAUGAAGAAACUGGUAAAAUCACCUACCAAUCUCAAUCACCAGAUGAAAUUGCAUUAUGUGAUUGUGCAAAAAUUAAUCAAUUUGAAUUUAUAAAUCGUACUUCAACUCAUGCUCAAAUUAGAGUAAUGGGUGAAGAUAAACAAUAUCAAUUAUUAGCAAUUAUGGAAUUUUCUUCUGAUCGUCGUAGAAUGUCAAUUUUAUUAAGAGAAGAAGAUGAAAAUAAUGAUAAUAAUUCAACUGAAACAACACCAAUUGAUGAUUCUUCAACAACUGAUAUUGACGGUAAUUUAUUAACACCACCACCACAAUUAACAAAUUUAAAAAAAAAAGGUAAAAUUAUACUUUAUUCAAAAGGUGCAGAUUCAAUUAUGAUGGAACGUUUAUCAGAAAAAGAAAGUAAUUCAGAAUUAUUAGAACAAACUAAAGAACAUAUUUCACAAUUUUCACGUGAAGGUUUACGUACAUUAAUUUUAGCAAAACGUGAAAUUUCUCAAGAAGAAUAUUCAAAUUGGUCACAACAAUAUCAUGAAGCAUCAACGUUAAUUCAUGAUCGUGAAGCUGAAAUGGAGAGAUUGAAUGAUCAAAUUGAACGUGGUUUUGAAUUGGUUGGUUGUACUGCUAUCGAAGAUAAAUUACAAGAUGGUGUACCAGAAACUAUUGAUUAUCUACUGAAAGCAAAUAUUAAAGUUUGGAUUAUUACAGGUGAUAAACAAGAGACAGCAAUUAAUAUCGGUUACUCUUGUAAAUUAUUAGUACCAGAAAUUCCAAUCAUUAUUAUUAACGCCGAAUCAACUGAAGAAUGUGGUACUCAAAUUAAGAGGGCAAUUGAAAAUUUCAUUGAUCCAGAAACUCAAGUUGAUAAAAAAGUUUCAAUGGUUAUCAAUGGUGAAUCUUUGACCUUUGUAUUAAAAGAUCAUAGUGCUGAUUUCUUAAAGAUUGCAGCAAAAUGUCAUUCAGUUGUGGCAUGUAGAGUCACACCACUCCAAAAGGCAUUGAUUGUACGUUUGGUUAAGAAAUCCACUAAAGAAGUUUGUCUUUCCAUUGGUGAUGGUGCAAAUGAUGUUUCAAUGAUUCAAGAGGCACAUAUUGGUGUUGGUAUUUUCGGUAAUGAAGGUACUCAAGCUGCCCGUGCCUCUGAUUAUGCACUUUUAAGAUUCCGUCAUUUAGCUCGUUUAAUUACGGUUCAUGGUCGUUAUUCAAUGGUUCGUAAUUCACUUUGUAUCAAAUAUUCAUUCUAUAAGAAUAUGGCAUUCUUUUUAUGUCAAUUUUGGUUCUCCAUUUAUUCAGGUUGGACAGCUAUGACCCUAUACGAUAGUUGGAUCGUUACCACUUUCAAUAUUCUUAUGACUUCAGUUCCACCUUAUUUCAUGGCAUUGUUUGAAAAAGAUGUAAAUGAAAAAAUCAUUCCAAAGAAUCCACAUCUAUUUAAAGAGGUUCAAGAUUGUCAUCUCUUCCAAUAUCGUUCUAUUUUAAAUUGGUUAAUUGGUGCACUAUAUCAUAGUGUUGUAUUCUUUUUUGGUCUUUACUUCUUUUUAGAUGGUAGUGGUGAUAUGGUUAAUCAAUGGGGUAGAAUUGGUGGUAAAGAAUUGGCUGGUAGUUUCUGUGCAACCUUUGCUGUGCUCUCAAUUCUCUUAAAGGCUGCUAUUGAAAUUAAACAUUGGAAUUUCAUCGUCCAUAUUGGUAUUUGGGGUUCCGUAAUUGUUUAUUUAGUAAUCUCAUUGGUUGAUAGCAGUAUCAUCACACAAAUUCCAAAUAUGUAUUGGGUUUUCAUUUACGCUUUACAUUUAUUAAAAUUCUAUGUAAUGGUUAUCAUUAUGAUUUUCAUUGCUUUAGUUCCAGAUUUUACUCUUAAAUUUGUUCGUAGACAUUUAUCACCAACUAAUUCAAAUAUUGAACAAGAAAAAUAUAUUUUAAAUAGAGGUAAAAAUAAAAAUAAUAUUGAUAAUGAUGAAGAAAUUUAA